AAUCAUAAAGAUUCGAGUAGUGCUUAUAAGAAAAGCAUGUUGAAUUGGACUGAAAGUGGAAUUGUGGUUCCUGCUGAUGUUGCACGUUCACAAAUGCGUAUUAGCAAGAGGAAUGAUGGUAAAACACCACUGUCAUAUGAUAGUACUAGUAGUCUCAAUAUUCGAAGAAGAUCGUCGUCAAUAUCACGUGGUGGGUCAAUAAAAGAUAGAAAAAAGAAGAACCGAAAUUCUUUUCAGGGUAACAAAAGUCGUCGUUCAAGUACUGCACCUUUGACUAUUCCUCCCGUUACGCCUUCUGUUGUUCUUUCUCAUAAUUCUCCAAUUGGUAUGUCACCCAUCCCUGGGACACCACCAGCGGUUAGACAUAAAACCAUGUUUACCAUUAAUCGUAGAAACCCAUUUACUUAUACAGGAAACUCAUGGGGACGUAAACAAGUAAAGCGACGGAGUAUAGGAGGAAGUUCAAUUAGCAGCAGCAUACAGGAAAACUUGGAUGCUGAAGUUGGAUCUGGAUCUGGCUCAUCUGAGAAUGCUAAUAAUCAGGACACUUUUGAGACAAGUGCGAUAGAGAACAUUUCUGAUGAUACUGUAAACAAUGAUACUUUAACCAUAGAUGGACAUACUAUAAUAAAGAAAAUAGAUUUACAAAAAGUAGACGAAUCGUCACAUAAAACACGAGAAGAUGUGACUUCGAGUGAUGACGGUGAGGAAUCUGAUACAUUUAUUGAUGCUUCAAGUGAAAUUGCAUCUCACCCACGAUCCCGUACGCCAUCACCAUCUCCUUUUACUGCUGCACCCCCAUUAUCUAAUGAUUCACCUAGGGACGUUUAUAUUCCUCCUAAUGAGAAGUCACAGGCACUUGCACAAUCAGUAAUAGAUUUUAUGUCCACACCACCAGAAUCACCAAAAUUGCCGUCACCGACAAUAACGCCUUCCUCAUCGUCAACAUCUCCACAUACGCAUAUUACCAAAUCUUCACAGUUGCGUCAAUCGCAUAGCCGUUCAUAUUCUUCACCGACUAUUGGAAACAACAUAGGUAAUAGCAAGGUGGAUGUUACUUCGCGUAAUGAAACUUCCAUAAAAGAUUCUUCGUCCUCGCCACCAAAUGGACUCAAUAAUGCGCAGCUGCUGUUUUUCCACAACAAUAAUAAUUCAUCAAAUUCACGACGCGCUCAUACGAGUUCGACCAGUACCUUAAGUAGUUCAAUGGCUUCACGGAGAAAAAAUCUAAGCACAAUAAAACCCUCGGUGAUCAUGGAGGAAGAGGAAGAAGAAU